UCUUUAGCGAGGGCUUUAAUUGGCCGACAUCCUGCAGGUGCUGUUAUUGUGGCUAGGCACCGCAUUACAGCAGGUAAAACCACAAUCCGUUCAAGGGAACAUGAUAACAUUUUUAAAUUCUUCGAAUUGGCAAAAUGGCAGGAUUUACCCACGAACCCGUCUUUACUGCUGAUAAUUGGCAAACUAAGAGGCGCUGUAUUCGAGAACGAAGUGAAUUCCUGUUCAAUAAUAAACUUCUGAGUGAUGUCUCAUUUCGCGUGGGUAAAGAGCAAGGAAAGUACUUCAUCCCGGGCCAUAAGCUUAUCCUAGCAAUAAGCAGUCCAGUAUUCUAUGCCAUGUUCUAUGGAUCCAUGGCAGAGCAGAAGGCAGAGAUCACUGUAGCAGACUCGGAUGCGGACUCGUUUAUGGAGUUACUGCGAUACGCGUACUUUGACGAGGCAACAAUCAACGAGGAAAACGUCCUUGGAGUUCUGUACCUUGCCAAGAAAUACAUCUUGCCAUUCCUAGCGGAUAAGUGCGUGGCAUUCCUGGAACAGAACAUCGACCACCACAAUGCGUUCACCCUACUGUCUCAAGCGAGGUAUUACUGUGAACCGAAACUAGAGGAAACAUGCUGGGAGCUGAUCGAGAAAGACACUUGCAGAGUCAUCAGCUCGGAUGAUUUUACUGAAGUUGAUCACAGCACCCUUUUGGCUGUACUUUCGCGAGAGACUUUAACAGUGACCGAAGCCGAGCUCUUCAAGGCCAUCAAGCGGUGGGCCGAGGCAGAGUGCGUCAGACGUGAGCUCUCUCCCGAUGACCCGAAGAACAAGCGGCUAGUCCUGUCCGGCGCACUGAACCUUGUCCGAUUCCCGGUCAUGUCACUACAGGAAUUUACAGAUGAUGCUGCCGUAUCGGGAAUUCUAACUCAAGAAGAAACUAUCAAUAUUUUUCUCUAUUUCGGAUCAAAGGGAGCAACUAAAGUGGAGAGUUUUAAAAGCGAACCCAGACGAGGAACCCAUCGGGUUUUUCGGUGUACCCGGUUCAUGUCGGAUACAUCGGAGUGGAAUUGUGAAGGCACGAAUGUGGACAGCAUCAAAUUCUCCGUCGAUCGAGAUAUCCGGGCGGUGGGUGUGGGGCUCUACGGGAUUUGUAAUCCCGCGGAUGGACACCACACUGAGCCGUAUUGCGUAGAUCUUGAAUUGCUCGAUUCCCAUAAUGACUCUCUUAGGGCUUUCGAGGGAACCUAUUUCCCCGAGAAGCCUGAAAAAGUCCACGAUGUGAUUUUUGAUGAGCCUGUGCUGCUAGAGGCCCACGAAUCGUACACAAUCCGCGUACUUCUCAAGGGAUUACCUACCCACAGGGGGACCGAGGGGAAAAGAGAUGUUCUCUGUGAGGACGCUGGGGUGAGGUUUCGUUUCGAUGUGGAUGAAGCUAGUUUUAAUGGCACUACUACCGCCGAUGGGCAAAUUCCGGAGGUUAUUUUCAAGCUUCCUUAAUCAGGAAUAGCAAUAAAUAAAUAAAUAUUAAUAAUAAUGAUGGUGAAAAAAGGAAGAGAGGCUAAUAUCAAAUCCUAUCACACUCGCCCCCCCCCCCCCCUCUACCGCAUAAAGCAGUCUUGUUUAUCAUAAAAGAAUUAUGUGCCAAGUCUCUACGAUCUUUCGUACACAAAAGAUUAAUAUUGUAUAUGCUACACAGUCAACACACAAUGUGUGAGAUAUGAAGGGUACUAGAUUAUCGAAGAAAUGAUAUAAACGACCGUUAGGAAAAAGUACUAAUCGCAGGCCCGUACCCAGGACUCACCAACAGACAGACAACGGAAAACAUUCAGUACCGACAACAAAGCUCAAUUCAGAUUCGCUUGCCCUUUCUCAUCAAAUAUAGACCUGUCCCGACUGUCGGGUAUAUAGCCACUGCGAAAACAAAAAAAGCCUUUUUGUUCUUUCGGGGAUGGUCAGAUUUUUAUCAGAGAACUUAUUCUCACCCUCCCCCGGAAAAUUAGGUCCAGUUUUCCUAUUUCGCACCCUCCCAAGAAAAAUCCUGGGUACGAGCCUGAAUCGUGACGUGUUGUAAUAGAUGUUGGCCUCGUCAGCUCGACUUCGGGUUCGGUUGGCUGCGUUGUAAGCUCUCUAAUAUCCAACGAAGAAGUGAAAAAUUAAAUGAAAUAACGCUACACUACGCUGAAAGAUAAUCAAAUACAUAAAACAUUGACAAGAAA